AUGUCUGCGCAUUUCGCAUUUCGCAUUUCGCAGCGCUUAGAAAACCGCAAACAGCGUGGAAAUGGUGCCGAGGGAUAUAGCCGGGCAGACCUCGGAGCCCGCCCCUUCGGCGCUGCCUGUCGGGCCACUGGGCGGGUCCCUCCAUUCACGCAAAGUUUGGCUCUGCGCUGCGGAGGGAGGGGGCGGCCCGGCCCGGCCCAGCUCUGCCCCCGGCCGGCCCGACCCCAGCCCCGGCCCCUGGACCAGCCCUUAUCUGAUCCCAGCUCCGGGUUUAAGAGUCCUGGCCCUGCCGGUCGCGCAGCUCCGUUCCUCACGCCUGCCCGCCCCGUCCGUCCGUCUGUCCCGCUGCCCAUCCGAGGGGCCACUCCACCCUGGACCCAAGUGCCCCCAGGGGAGCCCUUGGGGGCUAAGAUCUCUACAGUCUCAGCCCUGCCCCAUCCGCUGCCUCCACCCACGCGGCGGGCAGCAGCGCCCCCCUCCCCCGGGCUGUGGGACAGGGAGAGGGCCGAGGGGCUGGCCCUGCAUACUAAUGUCCUGCCCAUUGUCAAAGCCCCUUUGUGCCCGGGAGCUCCAUUGAGGCGGCUCCGGGGCGGGCACAAUGGGGGCUCUGUCCCCGAGUUCCCCCAAACAGUCACCUGCUUUCAGAGCCUCCCCCCACCCCCACCCCCACCCACCCCAGUGUCCGGAGGGCCCAGUGAGUGCGGGGGAAUGAGCCCAAGGCCGGGGGGUUGGGCAGGAGGCGACCCCCCCCCCCCCGCCCUUCCCUGGGCAGGCUGGGGAGAUGGGCACUCGGCAGGGAGUGGCCCCGGCUCCCAGCGGGGCGGGGCCGGGCCGGGCAGUCUCUGGACGGACUUGGAAUUCAGGUUCCAUGAGGCCGGCCCAGGGGACGGGGCACGCAGCCUGCCCACUCCUUGGCUCCACAUGCCCAGGCACCGCGGCCGGUGGCUGCCCGCCUUUCCUCCCCCUCCCACCGCGAGGCUCAUAUAUGCAGAGACACACAGGCGCACGCCCUUGCAUGCGGCCCCACACACGCUCUGGUCCGCACAUCUGAGCGGAGGCGGCGCCUGGACCCAGCAGGCCGACUCAGACACACCGACCCACCCGCCACUUGCAUAUAUGCACCUGCACACCCGCCCUCCACCCGCUUUGCGCCCCUUCCACCAGCCUCGGGCAGCUCAGCGCCAGUCCCCCCGCCCCCCACCGUGCCCUCGCUGCCCCCUGCUGCUCCAACACAGGUUAUAA